ACCAACAGCAGCAGCAGCAGCAGCAUAAACAACAUCAACAUCGUUAACAACAACAACAACAACAGCAGCAGCAGCAGCUGUAGUGACAGCAGCAGUAACCAUUGAACUGCAAUUUUUUCCCCUCCAUCCACUAUUUUUCUUUUUUUGUCCCCCCUUUUCAUACGUACCACACUCCCCCCUCAUUCUCUCGCCUAUCAGUUUUUGUGAGCCUUUUUUUUCCCACUGUCCGACUAUCGAUUGAUCCGUGAGAUUUUCACACAAAAGAGAAACUGCUUGCAAUGGCUGCAGCGGCUACAGUAUCACCAGGUCCGUCGGGUUCCGGCUCUACUGGAACUCCAGACAGUGGUAAAGUGGCAAGAAAAAGGAAAAUUGGAUCUGGCCGAGAUUCUGACGAUGAUGACAGCCAGCACGGUUCUUUCUCCACUUCCCAAGAUGCAAUUGACAAAGAAAGGUUUGCCAGGGAAAGUCACUGUGAAAUUGAAAGGCGGCGUCGGAACAAGAUGACUGCUUAUAUAAAUGAGCUGUGUGAUAUGGUACCAACCUGCAGCACCCUUGCUCGCAAACCAGACAAACUAACAAUAUUACGUAUGGCUGUGUCCCACAUGAAAACAUUAAGAGGAACUGGAAAUACAAGUAAUGAUGGAUCCUAUAAACCUUCCUUUCUCACAGACCAGGAGCUGAAACAUUUGAUACUUGAGGCAGCAGAUGGUUUUCUGUUUGUGGUCCAAUGUGAUACUGGAAGAAUUAUUUAUGUAUCCGACUCUGUAUGCCCAGUUCUUAAUCAAUCUCAGUCUGACUGGUUUGGAAAUACUAUUUACGAUAUGGUGCAUCCUGACGACCUUGAGAAAGUCCGAGAACAGUUAUCAACUACUGAAUCCCAAAACACUGGACGUAUUCUUGAUUUGAAAACUGGAACUGUUAAGAAAGAAGGUCAUCAAUCAUCCAUACGUUUGUGCAUGGGUUCUCGGCGUGGUUUCAUUUGCCGCAUGAAGAUGGGUAACGUCCAAGUCGAUCCUGUGACUGCCAACCAUACAAUUCGAGUCCGUCAGAGAAACGCAUUUGGUCCAUCCUCUGAUGGCAAUAGCUAUUCAGUUGUCCAUGUUACAGGUUAUAUAAAGAACUGGCCUCCAUCAAACAGAGACCUUGAAAAUGGAUUUGUUUCCUUUGUAGGAGUGCAACAGAUAGAGCGUCAAGAUGGAGAGGAGCCCCACAGCCACUGCUGCCUGGUUGGUAUAGGUCGACUGCAGGUGACCAGUGCAACAAACUGCAAUGAUCUCAUGGGACAAAACGCUUCCUCAGAAUUUAUUACCCGACACAGCAUAGACGGAAAGUUUACAUUUGUUGACCAGCGAGUGACAGCAGUACUAGGCUACCAACCUCAGGAACUUCUUGGUAAAUCUGCAUUUGAUUUUUAUCAUCCGGAAGACCAAGCCCAUAUGAAAGAUAGCUUUGAACAAGUAUUAAAACUGAAAGGCCAGGUGAUGUCCAUUAUGUACCGUUUUAGAGCAUCGAAUCGGGAAUGGAUGUGGCUGAGAACAAGCAGUUUUAGUUUCCAAAACCCUUACACAGACGAAGUGGAAUACAUAGUUUGUAACAACAGUUCUGCUAAAAGUGUCCAGCAAGGUAAUUCUACAGCCCCAACUAUGCAGAAUCCAACUGAUCAAAGUUCAGAGCCAACGCCGACUAUAAAUACAUAUGCGACUCCUCGGGGCCUACCUACAGACUCAUUAGGUUUACGAACAGCUAAUGUGAAAACAGAUUACCGUGAUCCUUAUUCUACAGCCGAUGUUUACAGCCGCAGUAUGUUAAGCACUAAUCGUAACCUUACCCAACAAGAUUUGUACGGCUACAAUUCUCAGUCUACAAUGAAAUACCCCAGUCACAGUGUCUCUGCUGCCAUGUCACUUCCUCAGGUAUCUCCUGCCACAACAAUGCCAUCUUUGGUCAGACACCCUAAUCAGAGUCCCUCUCAAAUGGCUGGUAAUGCUUGGUCUAGUCAAGGAGCAUACGCACAAAGCCAGCCAACUGCUGACUACAGUACAAACCCAGGCUAUAAUCAAAUGAGCCCAGACAACAGUUCUCCAGAUUUGCCAGCUGUUGGUUUCAACUUACCAGAUUUCAAAUGUAACCAACCACUAUGGCAGCAGUGGUCUGGAAAUACAGGUGAUCAUGCUCAGCAAGGUUCUUCUCAAGGCAAUCCAUCAGCAGGAGCACAACAAGCUCAACAACAACAACAGCAGCAGCAACAGCAGCCAGAAGAAUUCAAUAACAUGUUUCCAAUGCUUGACCAGACCACACCAGAGUUCAGUGAUCUUACAGGCAUGUUCAAUACUUUUGGAGAAUGACCCCAGUGAGUUCUCAUCAAUAGUCCACCCAAACAUCAACUCAGUAUUGUGUAACAUGAAAGCUACAUGUUAUGCAAAGGAAACAGAAAGUGUUAUGUAUAAUUGAUCUGAUUAAGAAGUAAUAAGGGCAUUAACUCGCUCUUAUGUUGUGUUUAGAGCAAAAUAGAGAAAGAUUUAUAAAACAUUAAACAAAUAAACUAUGGCAAUUUACUGUAGAGAUGUUCUCUCAGAUUUUGCUCAUGAAUUCUCCACAGUAUUUAAAAACAAAACAAUCAACUCAAUUUAGAAUAUUGCAUAUAUCCAUUCAGAUUGUAUCGGUUUUAUGGAGUAGCCAUAAACACAGAAGUUUUGAUAUACUGCUUAAACUCAAACAUGACACUGUAUUGACAAUAUCAUUCCAGAACUCUAAUGAAAAACUUGCUAAAGCAUUUAUUACACUAAAGGAAAAGUUUAAAUUGGAGAUUCUGACUGAUUACCAUUCUUAUUUAACAAUCAAUUUUAAAACUUACAAAAUGCAAAAAAAAAAAAAAAAAAAACAACAAAAUUAUUCAAGACUCAGUCCAGUCCUCUUUUCUUUCAAACUGUCUUUCUCCAGAAUUACAUUGAAUAUAAGCUAUUGGCUUGUUUUGACUAAAAACUGAAUCUGCCUCUCCUCACUGUCAAUCAGAUAUUAGCCUGUUCUUAUGUUCUCUAUUCUGACAUACAAUAUUUGGUUACAUAUUUUAUUUUCUACACAUCUCCCCUUUGCAGAAACUGCAUACCUGACCGACAUAUGGAAUGCUCUGGAUAUUUGUAACAAUGGGUUUUCAUUCUGUAUUUCAUUAUACAAUAUACCCAAUACUGAAUACAAAAUAUUGAAAGUUAGUUCUGUGGACUAAUUUUAGCCCCGUUUCUUUUAGUUCUGCUUCAUUAAAUCAUGUCAGUAAGUAAAUAUUUGAUUUACACUUCCUCUUCUCUAUUGAACAUUGAAAGCAGCCACUACCAACUUCUUUUCAUAAUACAUAUGGUACAAAUAUAGUGAUGGUUCUUUGUGUCUUUAAUUCAGAAAACUGUUUUUGUUUCUUUGGUUGUGAUAUUGCUAACAAAAUAGUCUUAUAAGGAAAUCUGUUCUUAAACAUUAUAAGAAGAUUAACUGUGCCAGCAACUGAAACCUCAAGGAUUCGAACUCCUAAUGUUGCAUUUCAGUUGGUGGCUGGUGUCUUGUAAUCUGCUGAUAUUAUUAACCUAAAUCCUUCCUUUCUGACCCCGAAUGCCAACUGAUUUCAAUAGAAUCAUUAUUUUAGGCACAGAACAAAAUGUAUGUCAUAUUCUACUAGAAUAUUACAUCUAACUACUUUUAGAUUAUAAUCAUUGAUUAACCCACAAAUUUAAUUAUGAAUUGUUCCAAAAUUAUUUGCUAAUUAUCAAUAUUUGGAGAUGAUUUCUUGACACUCACAGAUGAUAUUGUGAUGACAGAUUUUAUAAUCAAAGAUAGGGUAGAAGAAAAUUAAUUCCAUCAAUUCUCUUUCCUAACACAGAAUACUUUUUGUCUACUUUUUCACCUGUAGAAAAAUGUCCUCUCAUAAAUAUAUAUGUACGUGUGUGUGUGUUUGCAUGUGCUAUUGCUUAUACUUCAGUUUGCCCCACCCCCGUCAUCCCUUUUUUUAAAAAAUAUUCUGUCUGAGUGUUUAAAAGAAGAAUUCUGUUUAUAAUGUGAAUAGCUUUUAACAAAGCUUGAUUGAAGACCUGAAGCAAAUUAUAAAAACCAUGUUCCACCCAAAUUUAAUAAAUUGAAAUUCCAGGUUUGUCAGCCUUGCUCUUCAUCAGUUAAUUAUUCAGACAAUGAUUAGCUCUUGAUUCAUCUCAUUAUGGGUAGAAUUUUAAUUAAGAUUUCUCAAGACACUAAAUUAAUUAUAGUUUGCUCAAUUAAUACAGCAAUGGACAAUAGUGAUUAAAACAUUGUUAUUUGUAGAUUUUAUUCCAUUUACAAUUCAUAUUAAGAUUCUACUAAAGUACAAAAAACAAAAAGAUGUUAUUUAUAAGUUAUCAUUGCUUUGUUGCUAAUAGGUAAGUGUCAUACCUUUUAAACAAAAGAAAAGCAGUGUACACCUAUUCAAAAUUACCUGUUUUUUUUCUUUUUCUCUUUCUUACUAAAAUAAUCUGGAAUAAGAUUUUUUUUUUUCCUUUCUUUUCUUCUAGUUUGUUUUUUUUCUCUCUCAUUUACUUCUGAAACUAAAAUUAUUCGGUUGGUGCAUAAUUAUUGUGGGUUUUUUCAACAAAUUUUAUUCAACAAAAACAAUAACAACAUGUAACAAAAACAUCUUUAAAUAAUUAUUCCGGAAGCAGACGGUCAGACCAUCAUUUUAAAAUGUUUUUGUUAAAUAUUGUUAUUGUUUUUGUUGAAUUAAAAUUUGUUGAAAAAAAGCAGCAAUAAUUUUGACCAGUCCAAUAGUACAUUACUGCUAGCUUUAAGAGAAUCAGUAUGUAGAUAGUGAUUUUUAUUUUGAAUUACUGGACAAUUUUUCUGAUAUAGAUGUCAUCUCACACUGAUAUGGUUUAGGAAGACAUCUAAGUUUUCAAAUGUUGUUUCGGUUGAAAAAUCAAACUGAUACUUGUACAGGUAUUUAUUUUACUGGGAUCCCUUCAUUUCACCCUGACUGCCAUUUAUUCUUUUCAGCCCUUUUGAUAUCAACCUGCCUGAUAUUGUUCCUCCUUCUAUAAUACAAAACUUCCUGUUAAAGUGAAUUAAAUUAAAACCUUCCAUCAUGAUUUCAUAUCAAUUUACGUUCCAAACACCAGAUUAAUCAUGAGAAGUAAUUUGGCUAAAUUAUUAUUUUCAAAAUUAAUUCCAACAAAGGUAGUGUUUUUCAAUAAUUUAAUAUCAGCAUGAAAUUGGAAGAUAUGAUUUCAAAAAAUGAAAGGAGUUUACAUUCAUUGUAGAAUGGAGGUAUUCAAGAAUGAAAGCAUUAAUGAACAGGAGUAUACAACAACAGAAGUCUUGCAAGACAGAACUAUUCAGCUGAAAAGAAGUAAAACUUUCACUUGUUGAUUCUUGAAGGCUGUUUCAUCUAAUAUGGAUCAUGGUUUUAAGAGAAAAUAGAACAAGUUGGGUUUGUUCUGAAAACGUUUAACUGUUUCAAUAUGUAAAUGAAUUACCAUUUUUUUUUUGUUUGUUUUUUUUUUAAUCAAUUGGUAUAGACACAAGCUCCGCCUUCUUCUUCAUUACUCAUUCUUUUCAAUAAAUAAAAACCAAAAUUACUUUGUUCUACUGAAAUUCAAAUCCUGUGAUUAUUUGUAUUAUCAUUGGAUAGACAGCCCUUGUUGUGUAGUUAAAGUUAACACUUACAUUUUCCAGUACAAUUUCUUUUUUCUUUUUUUUGCCUUCUUCAAUUUUUUUCUCUGGUAAAUGUAAGUCUUCUGAUUUAUUCUAAAUGUUUGCAAGAUUUUCUGCUCAUUCAGCAUGCAGAUUUGUGUGCAUGACAGCCAGUUUAGGUGAAUUUAAAUCUAGUGUCUGCUAGUAGGUCUAUAUCAUUUAUAUGCCAGUGAGCAUGGCUUCAUAUAUUUUUAUUUUAUUUUAUUCACAAUGUUACUGAAACUAACCAGUGAAUAUAAAAUCUGAUUAUAUUUUCCUUUUUAUGUAACAAUAAAUAAUACUUAUCAAUCUCUUAAUGUCAAUAAAGAUAAAUGAGGAGGUUCUUAA